CAAAGAAAUAAUGUUCCAUUCAACAUUGGCCUUGUCCCUCCUGCUAAUUGCAGUCUCUUCCAACCUCGCGAUGGCUAUCAAAAAGGAAAAAAGAGUACCUCAGACACUGUCAAGAGGGUGGGGAGAUGAAAUUACCUGGGUACAAACUUAUGAAGAAGGACUUUAUCAAGCAAAAAAAAGUAACAAACCACUGAUGGUAAUUCACCAUUUGGAAGACUGUCAAUACUGCCAAGCACUGAAGAAAGCUUUUGCAGAAAAUGAAGAGGUACAAGAAAUGGCCCAAAAUAACUUCGUUAUGCUGAAUCUCAUGCAUGAAACCACAGAUAAAAACCUGUCACCUGAUGGACAAUAUGUGCCUCGAAUCAUGUUUGUGGACCCAUCUCUCACAGUAAGAGCUGAUAUCACAGGAAGAUACUCCAACCGGCUUUACACUUACGAACCACAAGACAUACCAUUCUUAAUAGAGAACAUGAAGAAAGCACUACGCCUCAUUCAGACAGAACUGUAA